UAUGAGUUUGGUGAGUCAAUUGGUCAUAAUAACACAGCAGGUACCAAUAGGUACAACAUGCCACUUUCUUUGUUUGUAGCUCAGGACAAUAAUAUGCAAUCUUGUAUCAUCGCUCAGGCUUUUGUCAGUAAUGAAACAGCUGAAACAUACCAAUGGGUUCUUAAAAUGACAAAAAAAGCCACUAACAAUAGAUAUCUGGAUCACUUAGAACAAAAUACAAUUGAGGAGAUUUGGAAAUUGUCAAGAGUUACAAGCAGUAAAAUUAAUCAUUUUGUAUUUUUUCUUUCUAAUGGCUCAUAUAGUUGUACAUGCCUUUUACAACAAAAAAAAGGUCUUAUUCCAAGAGACCAACGAUUAGAUGUUGCAAAGGAGGAUAUAUACUUUGGUCAAAGGUUUGGUAAUGCUAUUACCAAUAUAGAUACUGCACCAAAGAACAUUAAAGAGUAUUUGAGCAGGAUUUAUAUUAGGGAAGAUGAAUUGAUCGAAGAACAAGAAACCUCAACGCAUACUUCAUUUAACAGACAUACUAUUGAAGAUAUACCACUUGUGAAUCCCCGAAAGGUUACUGUUAAGAGAAGACCAAAAGCAGCAAGUUACAAGAAUGCUGCAAAAAUUAUAUCACAAGAUACAGGAAAUAAAAAGAAACGUGGACAAUACACUUGUGGAUUUUGUAAAGAGCCAGGCCACAAUGUAGCAACUUGUCCAAAUAAGGUAGAGGA